AUGGCUGUCAAAAUCUCGAUUUCAGCUCUCUUCUUUUUCUGCCUCCUCCUCAGAUCCUCUGCUACGCCUAGAAGGCACAUCAGGGCUCACCACCCCUGCAAAAAAAUGGUGUUUUACUUUCACGACAUCAUUUACAAUGGCAAGAACUCCAAGAAUGCAACUGCUGCAAUAGUAGGAGCACCGGCUUGGGGCAACAAGACCAUAUUGGCCACACAAAACCAUUUUGGCAAUUUAGUUGUCUUUGAUGACCCAAUCACUUUAGAUAACAAUCUACACUCUACCCCAGUAGGCCGUGCCCAGGGCUUCUAUAUUUAUGACAAGAAAGAUGUAUUCACUGCUUGGCUCGGGUUCUCCUUUGUUUUCAAUUCCACUGAGCAUAAGGGUAGUAUUAACUUUGCUGGAGCUGACCCACUGAUGAACAAGACUAGGGACAUUUCAGUGACUGGUGGAACUGGAGACUUUUUCAUGGCUAGAGGGGUGGCAACUUUGAUGACUGAUUCAUUUGAGGGAGAAGUAUACUUCCGGCUUCGCGUUGAUAUUAAGUUAUAUGAGUGUUGGUAA